AUGUCCUCUCCCAGGGAUAAGUACCUUGCUCUUGCGAAAGAGACUGGUCGAGUUGAUAAAGCAACCCUCGACCAUAUCUUCGACCAAUUGCCUCCUAUACAAUUGGACCAGCUUCUCGGUGAAUGGAACGGGGGCUUCUUCGACACCGGCCAUCCUGUCGCUGAUAUCCUCAGGAAGAUCAACUGGACGGGGAAAUUAUUUCGGUCUCGAAACGAUGUUGAUCCGGUAAUUGUGCUUAAAGAUGGAAAGCGGGUUAGCUGGGGUGAAUGGGGGAUGGCAUCCGUUCAUGACAUGGUCUUUCGAGGUGUCCUCUCUACCACGAUGAUCUAUGAUGAUCGGCCAGUGCUGGAUCAUUUUCGAUACGUGGACAAUGACUUCGUGGCUGGUAUCAUGGAAGGUAAGGCAUUGGGAAAGGAUGGAGAGUUUCACUUCUAUCUUAAAAGAAGCUAUUGA